AUGGCCCUUCUAUUCUUUCAGUUGCCUGGCCGCUCAGACAAUGAGAUAAAGAACUACUGGAACGCCAAACUAAAGAGACAACAACGUGCAGGCUUGUCCAUGUACCCUCCAGAAGUUUGUUUCCGGGCAUCUUGUGAGAACAAACAAAAUAAGGAACUCGACACAUUCUCUUCUGAAAAUGCACAUCCUGAUCUCUUGCCUAUCAACACUUUUGAGAUUCCAUCUGUGGAAUUAAAAAAAUUUGAACCUAGCCAGCAGUUGCAUCCUCCGGGGCUUCUUAAUAUUGCUCCUAGUAGCUUUCAUAAUAUUCCUGCAACUAGCAUGCCGGCUCAGGAUCUUAAUUCUUCCUGCAAUACUCGUUCUGUCCACUCAACAGUUCAUCCGUCCAAGCGUAUACGGGGAUCAGGCUCUGUUCUAAAUGUUAAUCUUGCUGCUAGUAGCUGUCUUGAUAUUCCUGCAACUAGCAUGCUGGAUCAGGAUCUUAAUUGUUCUAGGUCCUCUCGACAAUUCAUCCAUCCAAACAUAUACGAGGAUCAGAAUCUUUCCUCGGGGUUCUCUUCGUCAUAUCACCCAUCAUUCUCGGGUGAAAUUCCUGGCAGCCAUGCCUUUUCAAAUGGCAACUCCUCUUCUUCAGAGCCCAAAUGGGCUUCUAAGAAGCUGGAGCUCCCUUCACUCCAAACUCCGAUGGCAAGUUGGCCACCACUUCCUCCGGUCGAGUCCUUUGAUACAUCGGUUCAGUCUCCUCCAAAUGAGCAUACUGAUUCAGGCAGUCUGUCACCUCGAAACAGUGGUCUAUUGGAAACCAUACUUUAUGGAUCACGAACAUCCGAAGCUUCAAAGAAUAUUUCACAUCGGGAGACAUAUUGUGACUCAAUCUCCCCUUUAGGUCAUUCUUCAGGAUCAGUGUUUAGUGAAUACCGAGCACCAGUAGCGACAGUUGUUGGUGAGAAUGGUUACUAA